UCCGUCCAAGGUUGACCAUAAUAAUUUUAUUUCUGUCUGUAUUUUCCAAGUUCAAUAUUUUAGUCAUUAGUCAUUGGGGUACCUACGUGUAUUGUGUUGAUUAGACCAAAACAAACCACAAAACCGAUCUACCUCACGAAUAUCACACAAUCCACAUUUUUAACUUGCCAUUGCCAAGAUGAGCGAAGAAUUUGAAGUACUCGACACCCCUAUAAAAAGUGAAAGUGACAAAAAGGAAUACAAAGUGAUCAAGUUAAAAAAUGAAUUGGUGGCUUGUUUGAUUUCCGAUCCAAGUAAAAUUUCUCAGGGAGAUGAUCUACCUCAAUUAAUAAAUGAAAAUGGAACGGAUGAUAAUGAGAAAAGUAAAAGUUCUGAAGAGAAGAAAGCAGCCGCUAUGUUGUGCAUUGGCGUGGGGAGUUUCAGCGACCCAAAGGAUAUACAGGGAAUGGCCCAUUUUUUAGAACACAUGGUAUUCAUGGGCAGCGAAAAGUAUCCAACCGAAAACGACUUCAGCUCUUUCGUGACCAAGCGUGGCGGUACGUACAACGCUUUCACGAUGGAAGAACGCACCUGCUUCUUCUUCGACUGUCUCGAAAAACAUUUGAAAGAAACUUUAGACAGAUUUGCGCAAUUUUUUAUCGCUCCUCUACUUGAUAAAGAAGCCAUGACACGCGAAAGGCAAGCUGUCGAUUCCGAGUUUCAAAUGGCGACGGUUUCCGAUUGGUGCAGACGGGAACAACUGUUCGUCAGUCUGGCUAAAGAUGACUCGCCUGUCAAUACGUUCACGUAUGGAAAUUUGAAAACAUUAAAAGAUAAUAUUGAGGAUGAUAAGCUUCACCAAGCUGUUCAUGAGUUUAGGGAACGACACUAUUCCGCGCAUAGAAUGACAUUAGCUGUACAGACUCGUCUUUCUAUGCAGGAUAUUCAAGAUCUUGUAUUGGAAUGCUUUUCUAGUGUUCCUAAUAAUUCUAUUCCUAAAGAUGAUUUUAGCUUCGCUGUAGAUACUUUCGAUACACCGGAAUUUAACAGAAUCUACUACAUAAAACCGAUAGACGAGACUAUAGAGAUGUAUUUAAAAUGGUCUGUACCGCCUCUUUAUCAUAAAUACAAGACAAAAACGCUUUGGUACUUGGGAAACGUCAUUGGAGAUGAAAGUAAAGGCAGUUUAUUGUCGUAUUUGAAAAAACGAGUUUGGGCGACGGAUUUAUGCUUUUGUGCAGAUGAAAAUUCUAUCUAUUCCAUCGCAACUUGUUCAAUAAACUUAACAGAAGAAGGAUCCAAACAUUUGUUCGAUAUAAUCGAUGCGGUGUUUUCAUAUAUCAAUUUAGUUAGAAAAUUAGGACCACAGGAGUAUUUAUUCGAUGAUUUAAAAAGCAUCAGCGAUAAUUCUUUCAAAUUUUCAACAGAAGUGCCUGCGCAAUAUACAGUUCUACGCUUGGAAGAACCCAUGCAUAGGUAUCCACCUGAGCAUUUUCUAACUGGUGACAAUAUUCAUUACGAGUUUGAUCCUGAUGAGAUUAAAACAGCUACAGAUCAUUUGGUACCAGAUAAAGUAAAUAUUUCAAUAAUUAAUAAAAACCUUCCGGAUGGUUUAAAGUUUUCAAAAGUAGAACCAUGGUUCCGUGCUGAAUACAUUGAUCUACCGAUAACAGAUGAUUUGAAACUUAAAUGGGAUAAUAUCGAGCCUUACGAUGAGUUUGAAAUACCAGCACCAAAUCCUUAUCUGACCAAAGAUUUCGAUUUACUCCCAGAAGAAGCUAACCAUCCUGAAUACCCACAAAAAAUUGUAUCUACAGAUAAAUACGAACUCUGGUAUAGGAAAGAUCAGAAAUUUAAACUCCCCUUUGCUAAUUACAACAUAUAUUUAAUCAGUCCUCUAUUUAUUGAAUCACCAAAAAAUUCAGCACUAACAGAAUUAUUAACAAGUCUAAUUUCUUUUACUUUAAACGAAGAGACUUACGCUGCAAACAAAGCAAAUCUUUAUAGCUAUAUUUAUUUUUAUGAUAAAGGUAUUACCAUUACAGUACAAGGUUACAACGAAAAAUUACCGGUUCUGAUGGACGUUAUUGGUAAUUACAUAGUAAAUUUGAUGGAUUACAUAACUGAAAAGAUGUUUUUAGAACUCAAAGAACAGGCUUUAAAAGAGCAGUAUAAUAUGAUACGUUCGCCUUACUCUCUAGCUUGUGAUACCCACAAUAAAAUAUUGAUCAACCAUAAUUGGACUCCAAUAGAAAAAUACAAUGCUUUACUAGAUUUAACUUACGAAGAUUUGUUAGGUUAUAUCGACAAUUACCGGAAAGAACUGUACGCGAAAGUUUUAGUACAAGGUAACGUCACUUUAGACGUAGCUACCAACGCUGUACAAUCCUUCAUAAAUGUACUACAAUUCGAUCCUCUACCUGAAGAUAAAUACCCUCAAACUGUAGUAGCCAAAUUCCCUAUCGGCGAAAAAUGCUUGUACCUCCAAUCUUUUAAUAAACAAGAUUCCAAUUCUGUCGUAGAAAAUUACUAUCAAGUAGGCACGUACUCUCUAAGAGACACAGUCAUUUCAGAUUUGUUAAUGUUGAUGAUGCAGGAACCUUCUUUCGAUAUUCUUCGCACUAAAGAACAGUUGGGUUACAGCGUAUUUUGCAGCAACAGAAAAACGGAAGGCGUACUCAUGUUUAAUAUAUCCGUCACUUCGCAAGCGCAUAAAUUCACCACAGAACACGUAGAUUCUAGAAUCGAAGCGUUUAUGAAGCAUUCUCAAAAAAUACUGGAAGACACUACAGAUACAGAUUUCCAACAAAUCAAAAACGAUUACAUCAAAACUAAAGAGUGCGUUGAUCUCCAGCUAUCAGAGGAAUUUAAUAAAAACUGGACUGAAAUAUACGAAAACACUUACAUGUUCGAUAGGGCUGCAAAAGAGGUUGCAACAGCGAAAGAAAUAACAUUGGAUGAAUUCAGAAAUUGGUGGGACAAGCAUAAUCAUUUUGGCUCCAGAGAAAAUUUCAGAAAACUUAGUUUGCAAGUCGAGGGGCACGUUCAAGAAACGAACGAUGAUGCUAAAGAUGAGACUAAAGACGAUACGAGAGUUGAUGAGUUGUAUGGCAAACCAAUUUCGUUGAUUUAUUUGGGUAAUAACGAGGAAAACAAGAAAGACGAUCCUGAGUAUUACAUUGAAGAUAUUUACGAAUUUAGAGAGAAAUUGGAUAGCUAUCCUCCUAAGCUUUUGACAAGAGGGCCUUAAAUUAUUAUUGAAGUAACUUAUACAGAGUAUUUGAGUUGGAAACCUCAAAUUAUCUACAUUCAUAGGUUUCUACUUAAAAAGAAUGGAUGGCAUCAUCAUGGCAAUAGUUAUCCGAAAUAAAAACAAAACUAAAUUUAAAGUUAAACGUGUUUUGGCGUUUUUUACCUAAACUUUGUCUAACGUAGAUAAUAUUAAGUUUCCAACUCAAAUACACUGUAUAUAUAUAUGUUCCGAUAAACAAUUCGUUGAUAGUUCGGAAUUAUUAUACGCGCGUGCGUCAACUAUGAACAUCCGAACUAUAUGCCAUUCAGUUUCUUUUUAAAUUGAGAUCACGAUGAAUGACAUUUUUUUUCAUUUUGUCAUUAAUCGUUAUUAACAUUAAAAAUGAAAUCUCAACAGCACAUAACCUCUGAAAAAUAUAAAAUCUGUCAAAAGUCAAAAUUUCAUGGCUAGGCCCAAUAAAAAUAAAAACUGAAUGGCAUAAAUUUGAGUAUUUGUUGGAACGAAUUUUAAGUAUUUUACAAAUUUCACUGAAGCUUUUGUGAUUUUGAGAAUGUUUAGAUCUUUUAGCUUUUAAAAGAAGUAGAUAUGUACUUAGUUGUAUUGGCUCUUGAACACUCAUGUUUCGUAACCACAAGUAAUUCACUUUGCACUGCAAUGUGACUGCAAUUUGCUUUUGUGGUUAAAUGCGUGUCUUGAACUGUUGAAUAUUUUUUGAAUCUGCA